AUGCAAACCAAUUGUGAGGUUGACUUCUUUUCAACCAUGGAAAAUGACCCAGAAAUGAUUCUCUUGGGAAAAGAAGACCAUCUUUCUUAUUGGGAAUUCGUGAACUCCUCUGAUUAUGAUGAUGAUGAUGAUGAUGAUGAUGAUUCUGGUGAUGUUAUCUCUGUCUCUGAUGAUGAUUCCCUUUCCUCUCCAAAGGACACCCUCACCCCUCGCCUGAUUCAAGGAUAUGCCUGUGAUGGGGAUGGUGAGCAGGAAGUGGAUGAUGGUGAUGAUGAAUUGGAUGAUGAGUUGGUGCCACGAGCAUUCAGUGGGAAACUGGGAAUGCAAAGGAUGAGGAAAUUAGGGAAGAGGGUCUUUGCCAAGAUGCAUACUUCCAAAAAGUCACCCUUUUUGUAUAUGAAACCCGGGUGUGUUUAUGGGAAGCAUGGCCUUGGAUUCAAGUAUAGUUUCUAG